GUGCAUCGCUGCCUAGUCUACCCGCUCGUCGGCUGAAGCACCGUGCUCUGCUGCCCGAGGUCGGAGCUGCCCUCUCCGCCCUGGCAAUCGCUGCUGUCCACGGCCAUACGCCGGAGCUGCGCUCUCCUUCGUGGUUUCGCCUUGCAACUAUUGAGAAAAGUGGCUGUGCCCGCGGAGCGACUUAGCGCAAGGUAAUUCUCUAAUGGACCAAUGAAAGCCAACGAUGACAAGUUGUGGUCAACAGUCCUUGAAUGUGCUGAUGGUUCUGCUCUCAUUACUCYUGUCAGCAGUGUUGUCCGCACAUUUUCGGGUCUGCGAGCCAUACACGGACUACAAAGGUCGCUACCACUUUGGUUUUCACUGCCCCCGUCUUUCUGACAAUAAAUCUUACAUCUUUUGCUGUCACCAUAACAACACAGUGUUUAAAUAUUGCUGCAAUGAGACAGAAUUUCAGACUGUUAUGCAGAUGAACUUAACAGGGAAUGCAGAUGGAUAUAUGCAUAACAACUACAGUGCACUGUUAGGAGUGUGGAUCUAUGGCUUUUUUGUGGUGAUCUUACUGAUCCUGGACCUUUUAUAUUACUCCUCAAUGAACUAUGAUAUUUGCAAAUUUUACCUGGCCCGGUGGGGAAUCCAGGGGAAGUGGAUGACACAGGGACAGAGCCGAUGGAUUAACCCUGCUCAGGACCCACGACAGACACAGCCUCAGCCAGAGACACAGCCUCAAACUCAGCCCCAGCCUCAAACAUCACAGACAGUACACACUUUAAAAGGAGAUGCUUUAAGCCCACCCCUGGUGUCUUUUCAGAGUACAUCUGCCUGAAAAUUAUAUUGAUGUGCCUAAAGAUGGGAGAGCUAAGACCAGACUUCAAGGAGCAGCUUUCAAGAAAAUCAACUAAAUUACAAGAGCUGAAAAAAUUAUGGAUAAAUAGGAGAGAGGAAGACUGCAGGAGGGAGAUUGAGCAAGUCACCUGAAGAGAGACACCAUUCAAAUARUACGUAUGGGUGAAUGAUACAGAAAGAGUCUCCAGGAGGAAGUAGUCUGUAAGCAAUAUUUUAAUUCCAGACAGACAAUAAUAUCUCUGAAAAGAAGCAUCAUAUUUGAGAAAAUGCUCAACAGGAAGAAAAUUAAGUUGCUCUGGCAAAUCCACACAAAAGUGGAAAAACAGCCACAAGACAAACCUUUGGUAGAUAACCUUUCUUUGCCUCCCCAUCCAUCAAUUGCCAUUUGAGCCUAAUCUAAGUGUCAGAAUCCUGAAUGUGGGUUUUUCCAAAGUUCUCUGGUGAACAUUUUGUCACCAUAKGGUAGAUGCUGGCAGUCCACAUCACUGUUAACCAUAUUGUCCUAUGCAUUGCAAGGGAAGCAGAGCCCUUUCAYUGAGUCAGACUGCAGGGUAGCAAUUACUUCAACCGUAAUGCACGUUUUUAGAUCACUGGCAAUGAUUUUGCAAAGACAUCAAACAUCUGAGCACAUCMUAAAUUCAGGUUCCCACUCCCUCUUGAAGAGUGGGCAACCUUGUUAGGAUGCAACACUAUGCCACUCCCACGAUCCUUGAAGUCAAAAGAGAAACAGAAAAAAUCAAUGAACCAUAUAUUUCAAAAGCAAUAAUACCAUUGUCCCUCUGCUUUAAAAGGCAAUAGUCCAAUUCUCCCAGCCACUGACUGGCUUCAGAGUUUACCCCACAAAAGUCUCAGAACCCAAUUGUAAUGGGUCCAGAAAGGCAAUGGCUCUGCCACAGAAGUAUGUGGAGCACUCGGUCACUUGGUUGCAAUAGGUUGACUUAACUUUCCACAUGACAGGGUUGUUUUAAUAUCG